AUGCCGUCGCCUUUGGCUUGGUGCGACGCCGGUCCAAAGUCCGUUCAAAAGCCAAAGCAAAUAAAGAGCAGGAGCCUACCUACUUUGCAAUCGCCUUUGGCUGAUGCGACGCUGAUCGAAGUCGAUUUGAGAGCCAAAGCAAGAAACAACAGCCGCCCCACAACAAUGUGGCCUGCUGGUCCAAGCAAUCUCAACCUCUUUCGAGUUCAUGCACACUCACACCCCGCUUUCUUCGGACUGGAUUCUGGUGGCCACAUGUUUGAUGAGUCGCUUGGACUGACCGUUCUCGCUGAACACAACUGCGAUGAAUAUGAGGAUGGCCAGAAGCAAUUUCUCGCUCAGUUUGUGGCUGCCAAGCCUCGUUGUGGUGGCCUCCUGAACACCAAAGCGAACUUCGAUUGUGGAAAGAGUCGGGUUACAACCCCGCUUCUUGUAAGACAAUUACUGGUUCAAGUCAAAGAGUCAAAGCUGGAUCAUGCUUAA